CAUCCCAGCGCGGUCGAUACUUUCGCUCCGUCGCGCGCGUAGGUCUCGAGACGCGAACGCGCCGCUCCGGGACGGAACGGAAUCGACGGGGAGGAGACGACGCGCGACGGGCGCGGCGUGAAUUUCGGGCGCGCGGGGCGGGGCGCGACGCGCGCUAAAUUCCCUCGUGAUGUUGCCCUCCAUGAUCCGCCGCGUCCGCGCGGCGCGCGCGAAGCUGUCUUACAAAGAUAAGCUCCGUCAACGGCAAGGACUCAUGCUCCUCGCCGCGGCGGUGUCGUGCGUGUCGACGUACUAUUACGGCGGCGGCUCGAAGAGUUUUUUCGGGCGAAAAGAUUGGACGCCGUCCUUCGACUUCGCCUCAGACGGCGAGCGCGCGUCUCUCUCCGCGAUCACCGGCCUCGGGUCCUCGUCCACGACGGCGAGGAGACUGCUGAGCAGCAGCACGUGCUCCACCGAAGACUGGGAAGAUAACGGCGGCGUCGUCUUGUAUUUCAUCGGAAUGUUUUACAUGUUCUUGGGCAUCGCCAUCGUCUGCGACGACUUCUUCGUCCCUGCGCUCGAAGUGAUCUGCGAAGUCUUGGACCUCAGCGACGACGUCGCGGGCGCGACGUUCAUGGCCGCGGGCUCCUCCGCCCCCGAGCUCGCGUCGUCCACGAUGUCUCUGAUCAACCCGAACGCCGGGAGCGAAAUUGGCGUCGGCACGAUCGUGGGCUCGGCGAUCUUUAACAUCCUCAUCAUCAUCGGCGCCACGGUGAUGGCGACGGGGGCGGCGUUACAGCUCGACUGGAAGCCGGUCACGAGAGAUUGCUUCUUCUACGCCGCCGCGAUCGCGGGCAUCGUCGGCACGUUCGCCGGCGGCGUCGUUAACUGGUGGGAGGGCGGCAUCUACGUCUGCUUCUACGGAACCUACAUCGUCACCAUGAAGUACAACAAACACCUCAUGAAGUGGAUGGACAAGGUGGGCGGGAAGUGGAUGCAGCCGGAGAAGGAGUUCAAGCAGAUCUCCAUGAAGGAGAAGAAAGCCGCGGCACUCGCGGAGAAGGCGCAGUCGAGCAAGGAACCGUCCUCGCACGGCCCCGGCGCGGUGGUUGAAUCGACCGACGGCGCCGCGCCGCCCAAGACGUCCAUCGCGGACGUCGUCCUCGACCUGAUCAAGCAGCAGCGCAAGGAGAACGCGGAGAAGUGGAGGAAGAAGAUCGCGAUCGUCAAGCAAGACGACGGCACGGACGUCACGGUCACGCCGUAUAUGUCCCCGGGGCACAUCCGCGCGUAUCGCAAAGAGAUGAAAAAAGUCGCGGCGAUGCUCGAGGCGAAGAAGAAGAAGGACGUCCGCGAGGCGCUGAACCUCGAGGAGGGGAAGGACAAGGACGACGGCGACGAGGAGGAUGACGCCCCGUGGUGGAAAGUCCCGGAGGAGAAGAAGGACUGGCCGCUGUGGUUCCUCUCGUUCCCGUGGUACGCGUGCUUCGCCGGAACGAUCCCUCCGUGCGGCGAAGAAAAGUACCGAAAGUAUUACAUCAUGUCCUUUUUUAUGUCCAUCGGAUGGAUCGGUUUCAUCACGCACUGGAUGAUUGAGUGGUGCGUCGUCAUCGGCUGCGUCUUGAACAUCCCGAACGUCGUCAUGGGAACGACGGUGCUCGCGGCGGGGACCUCCAUCCCGGACGCGUUGUCUUCCAUCUCCGUCGCGAAGGACGGUCUCGCGGACAUGGCCGUCGCGAACGCCGUCGGGUCUAACGUCUUCGACAUCUGGCUCGGUUUAGGGCUUCCGUGGCUGUUGUAUCUGUCCUGGCAGAACAAGAACUACAUCGAGGUGAACACGAAUGAGCUCGUGCCGUCGUCGCUGAUACUCGCCGGCGUUCUCGUGUUGUAUUACAGCGCCAUCUUCUUCAACAAGUUUAAGCUUGAGAUUUGGCACGGGAAGGUUUUCUUCGUCAUCUACGGGUUCUACGUCGCGUACAGCAUCAUCUUGGUGUGGAUCCUGGACGUGUACGACCUCGACGACUAAAACCGGGAGAACGGCUCCGGGACCAUUGGGGGGGGGGGGGGUCACUGUGUUUAUACUCGCGUUCGCGGGUGGAUGGAUUAAUUCGCGCCUCGACGACGCGCUCUGCGUGCGGUCGGUCACGCGUCACGCGCGCGGCGGGUCCGCGGCGGGAAAUUCGUUUCCCUCGACCUGCCGCGCGCGCGUGCUGUACUCGUACCCAGCAGAGCGCGUCCUUUUGUAUAUAUAAAACUUACGUACAGUAGUAC